AUGGGAUGGGACGGUGGUGACAGUGGUGGGCGCCUGGGAUGGGAUGGGACCCCUCAGUUCCCUAUGUUCCUUCACCCCACCGCCACUCCCCAGCAGCCCCCUUUCCUUGCCCAUGCUGACCCAUCUCCACCACACCUCACAGCCAGGCUCGCAGGUGACGGUGGUGGGCGACUGGUAUCACACCCCUCCCUCCCCAUGCUCGUGUCGCCUAUCUCCUCGCCAUCGCUCUGCACCACAACUCACUUCCAUCUUCCUGCUGCAAGCCGUUUCACCCCACCACACCCCACCACACCCCACCAUGCCUCACCACACCCCACCACACCCCACCGCACCCCACCACACCCCUCCACGCCAGGCUCGCAGGUGACAGUGGUGGGCGACUGGGACCCCGCGUGGCCGGCGCUGAGGACGCUGGAGUUUGGGCGGCAGAGCAUCCGAUCGCCCUUUGAGUCCAACGUCAUCUAUAACUUCGAGCUCAUGGAAUGCGUACCUCAUGGAAUGCUCAUGUAUGGCAUGGCCUUCACCAACUUCCUGUCCUCCCCCCCUCGCCCUCCCUCACUAUCCCUCGAUCACCCUUUGAGUCCAACCAGAGUCAUCAACAACUUCGAGCGCCCAUGGGAUGCGUAUGGCCCCCCUUUCCUUUGA